AUGUCGGGGGACUCUCGAGCACCCGGCUCGUUUGUGGUAGCGGACUAUGUGGUGUUUGCGUUCAUGCUCGUGGUCUCUGCUGCCGUUGGGGUCUACUAUGCCUGGACUGACAGGGGCCGAGGAAGCUCCAGGGACUUCCUGACAGGAGGACGAAGACUGACCGCCCUGCCCGUCUCUCUGUCUCUGACUGCCAGCUUCAUGUCAGCCAUCACUGUGCUCUCCAACCCAGCUGAGGUGUACCGCUAUGGAGCAAACAUUGGAUUUUUUGCUCUCUCUUACGUCAUUAUGGUGACGGUCACAUCUGAAGUCUUCCUCCCAGUCUUUUACCGGCUGGCCAUCACAAGCACAUAUGAGUAUCUAGAGCUGCGCUUCAACAGAGCAACCCGUCUGCUGGGGACUGUGCUCUUCAUCGUCCAGACUAUUCUCUACACUGGAAUCGUCAUUUAUGCUCCAGCUCUUGCUUUAAAUCAAGUGACUGGGGUGGAUCUGUGGGGUGCAGUCAUUUCAACAGGCGUGGUCUGUACCUUUUAUUGCUCUGUGGGCGGUCUGAAGGCAGUGGUGUGGACAGACGUGAUCCAGCUUGGUGUCAUGCUCGCAGGCUUCAUGACCGCCAUAAUCAAGUCUGUGAUCAUAAGAGGAGGACUCUACACCAUCAUCUCAGAUUCACAUCAAGGAGGGAGGCUCAACUUCUGGGAUUUUGACCCCAAUCCUCUGAGGAGACACACUUUUUGGACCAUAACUGUUGGAGGGACAUUUGUCUGGGUCAGCAUCUAUGGUAUUAACCAGGCCCAGGUUCAGAGAUACAUCUCCUGCAAGAGCAUUACUCAUGCUAGACUAGCUCUGUUCAUCAACCUGUUUGGUCUGCUGUCCAUCUUACUGUGCUCAGUGCUGGCAGGGUUGUGUCUCUUCUCUGUCUAUAAGAGCUGUGACCCCUGGACCUCUGGACUGGUCACUGCUCCAGACCAGUUGAUGCCCUUUUUGGUGAUGGACACUCUGGGAGAGAAUCCUGGCCUUCCUGGACUGUUUGUAGCAGCCGUCUAUAGUGGAUCUCUAAGCACCGUGUCCUCCAGCAUUAAUGCACUGGCUGCAGUGACAGUAGAAGACCUGAUCAAACCGUACACCAACAUGUCUGAGAAACAAGAUUUCUGGAUCUCCAAAGGACUGAGUCUUAUCUAUGGGCUUGUAUGCAUUGGAAUGGCUGGCCUGGCUUCGCUCAUGGGAGGGAUCUUGCAGGCAGCUGUUAGUAUACUUGGGGUCAUUGGAGGUCCUUUACUUGGCCUGUUUUCAUUGGGUUUCCUCUGUCCACUUGCCAACUCCAAAGGAGCUAUAUCUGGUCUGGUGUCAGGGCUGGCCAUGUCUCUGUGGGUGUGUGUCGGAGCUCUGGUGUAUCCUCCUCCACCUGAGAUGAGACGCCCUCUGUCUCUGUCCACUGUGGGCUGUAACUUCACCAUUAUGGGUCAUUUCAACUGGACCUCUACUGCUGUGCCCACAGUGCCCAGCUCCAUCACUGCAGCCUCAGCACACAGCACUGAGGGCAAGUCUCCGCUGGCUGAUAGCUGGUACUCUCUGUCAUACCUGUACUUCAGCCCUGUGGGGACGAUCACAGCUGUGAGUGUGGGGCUGUUAGUUAGCUUGCUGACAGGAGGCCGGCGUAUGAAGCUGCAGGAGUCCAGGCUUACAUUAAUGAAAGAAGACACGACUCUAUGUCAUGUGGUCGGGUUUUUCAGAGAUAAGGUGAUGAGACGAACAGGAAGUCUGGACCUGAGGAACAGAGAGAAGACUGGCAGCAACAAUCCUGCUUUUGAUGAUGUUGAACUGGACAUAACCAAAGGAAGCGUUUCCACAUGAAUCCUGUUUUAAUCUCAUCGUUUUAUGCUAGUUAAACCUAUCUGCUUUAGAUUACAAAAAAGGGUUUAAAUGAUGUGUUGUACAAUAUCUUAGCUGUGAUAUUUAUUUGUAAUCUUUCGGUGUCUCUUUGCCUUUGUAAAUAUUUUUUGGCCCUCUAAAACUGAAAUCGUGUCAGGCAGAUAAACAUAUGUAUCACUAAUUCCACUGUGCAUCUACCUGUCAUAUAAGACAGCUAUGAGCUUGUACAGUGUUCUUGCAUUUAGAUUUAUUUAGAAGACGGUGGCA